AUGCCCAAAAGGCGCGCCGCAGCUGACAGCGACGAUGGGGAGUCACGCGAACUUAGCGCGUCUCCUUCCUCUAAACGGGCUCGUACCGUGGAGGAAAGCGACGACGACGAAAGCCGCCAGAGAACACGCGUCAAGAAAGGGAAGGGUAAAGCGCGUGUAGAGGCCGAAGAGGAUGAUAAAGAUGACGACGUAGAAUUGGACGAUGGUGAGAAAAUCGAUGAAGAGGCUUUCGAAAAUCAGUACGGCAAGAAGGUGUUCGAACACUUAGAAGCGAAACGUGUCAAGGCUGGAUUUGGGGGUAUUGCUGAAUACGGAAUAAUCGAAACCAUCGAGAUGCAUCAAUUCAUGUGCCACAGGUCGCUCAAGUUUGCCUUUGGUCCCAAUAUCAACUUCAUUAUUGGUCACAAUGGAAGUGGCAAGAGCGCUGUUUUGUCUGCAAUCACCGUCGCUCUCGGUGGAAAGACAGCCUCCACCGGUCGUGGUUCAGGUCUGAAAGCAUUCAUUCGUGAAGGACAACAAGUGGCCGAGGUGACCAUCUCCCUCAAGAACCAGGGAGAAGAGGCCUACAAACCUGAGGAAUAUGGCAAAUCAAUUUUCAUCACUCGACGUUUUACCACCCAAGGUAGCUCAACGUGGAAGAUCAAGUCAAAGGACGGACGUGUCAUUAGUACCAAAAAGGAGGAGCUUGCUUUAAUUUGCGAUCAUAUGAAUAUUCAAGUCGACAAUCCGAUGAACGUUUUAACGCAAGACUUUGCUAGACAGUUUUUGAGCUCGUCUACCUCUGCGGAGAAGUACCAAUUCUUCCUGCGAGGAACGCAACUUUCGCAACUCUCUACCGAAUACGAAACGUGUUUAGAAAACAUCAAUAACACAAUGAAGGUUCUGGCAAACAAGAAGAGCGCCAUUCCCGACCUCGAAGCGGCCUUUAAGGAGGCUUCGCUACGAUUCGAGGAGGCUUCAAAGGCUCGAGAGCAGAAACAACGUGUUGAUGAUCUCAAAAGAGAGCUUGCAUGGGCCCAUGUUGCGGAAAAACAACGUGAGUUGGAAGCAAAGGCUCUCGAUGCGGAAAAACAACAACGCAGAUUGCCCAAGAUCCAACGAGGUCUUGUUAAAGCUCAGGCGGAGCUUCAGGAGGCAGAAGCACAAGUGCGGCAAUUUGAAGAGGAAGUUGCAGCACUAGGUACUCACGACGAACUUACGGAGAAGCACACCGAGGCGAAGCAGAAGAUAGCACUUCAACGGAGAGAGAUUGGGGAAUGCAGGGGCGAAAUGAGGGAAAUAAACACCAAUUUGAAGAGCGCCAACGAGUCCAUUGCGGAGAUGCAACAACAAAUCGAUCAAGAGCUACAGCGAUUGGCAUCGAAUACCCAUGCAAAGCGAGACGAGUACCAGCGGAGGCUAACGGCUGCAAAAGCGGCCGUUACCGUCGAUGAAGAGAAGCGUAAAGAGAUGGAGGACAUAAUUAUUCCCAGUCUCGAUGCGGAAGUCAGACAGUGGCAAGCGGAAGGCCAGGCCACAACCGCUCAAAUCGAAGCCUUAAAAAAUAGGAUAUCAGAAUGCGAGGGCAUGAUCCAGCGUUGUGACGAGAUGGAGAACAACCGCUACCUGGCGUAUGGGAAUCACAUCUCCUCUGUCCUCCAGAGAAUUGCGAAAACCAGAUGGCGCGGUGAUCGGCCUCUGGGACCGCUUGGUGAAUAUGUCAAGGUCAAGGAGGGAAAGAAGUGGGCUCCUUUGCUCAGGCAUCAGCUUGGUCGGCAACUCACUGCGUUCGCAGUAACCGACGCUCAAGAUCAGAAAACACUACGAACUAUCUUGAAUGAAAGUAAGAACCCCAACAUCGUGAUCAUCAUCUACGAAAAAGAUCUAUUCGAUUAUAGUAGUGGAGAACCGGCGGCAGACCUCCCAACUGUUCUUCGUGCCCUUGAGUUCUCUGAUGAAUACGUGAAACGGAUGUUGAUCAAUCAGAGGGGCAUUGAGCGUAUGCUUCUGGGAAUAACUCGUCGUGAGGGUGAGGAGAUUCUGAGGCGAGCCCGUGGCGGCCAUGCUUGGACUGCAGACGGCUUUGACCUCCGCCGAUUUCCGGAAGGAGGUGGUGCCACCAACCCAUUGAAUUUCAGACGCAGAAACGACAACUCUGAACUACUAUUGAGCGACAGAGCUGCCGAUGAAAAAGGGUUCUACGAGGCAGAUUUGAAGAAGGCUCAAGAGGAUUACCGACCAGUCGUGGAGAAAGAAAAAGAGUUGAGAAUGAAGUUCAGCACGGCACGAACCGAGAUCGAGGCAAAAAAGAGGGAGCUUCACAACAUUCUCAAACGUCUCGCGCAGGCCAAGCGGCACCUGCGCGCUGUCGAGGAAGAAGGACAAGAAGAAACCCCCGUCAGCAUACAAACCCUCGAGGAGGCUAAGCAGGAUUCCGAAAGAGAGAAAGAAUCACUUACAGCUCAAUUUAUGGAUGUGUCACAAAGACAUCAGGGACUCGAGCAAGAAUUAGCAGAAUUACAACGAAAGGAGCAAGAAACAAGGUCUCAAAUCGAGUCGUUCCAAACCCAAAAGAAUGAGGCUGUGGCUAAAACUUCGGCUGCCGCCGAAGCGAGAUUACAGGCACAAUCAGCUAUCCUACAUUUCGAGAAUAAAUUGAAGGAAGAGCAGAGUAAGCUGGACGCGGAAAACAAUUCGGUCGAGACCCUUCAAACAGAAUUCCAGGAAUGGACUGCAGGUGCUCUCCAGUACUGCGAGCGUGUCGAAACCUCUCGAAAGACGAACGAAAUCCAAAGGCAAAUCGACUCAGUUCAGGCUGCACUCAAGGAGCGAGAGAGAAGGCAAGGAUAUAGUCUUGAAGAGAUCACUGUUGAGGUGAACAAGACUAAAGCGAAACUGGAUGCCGCCAAGAAGGAACUGAAGCAGAUGGCGUCCCUCAAUAAGCUUCUCAAAGCAUCUGUCAUGGCGCGUAUGAAACGAUGGCAGGACUUCCGAUUGCACAUUGCCCUGCGCUGUAGGCUAGUUUUUACCUAUAACCUUUCUCAGCGAGGUUACUAUGGCAGCAUCAAAUUUGACCAUGCAGGUCAAGAGCUUUCUUUGCAUGUCAAAACGGAGGAUCAAGCAAGUUCCAAUGCACGGGACAAGGAAAUUCAUGCUCUCAGCGGUGGAGAAAAGUCCUUUUCUACCAUUUGUCUACUUCUGUCCUUGUGGGAAUCCAUAGGAUGCCCGCUGAGAUGUCUAGAUGAAUUUGAUGUCUUCAUGGAUGCAGUCAACCGGCGCAUCAGCAUGAAGAUGAUGAUCGACACGGCGAACCAGUCUGACAAGAAACAAUACAUCCUCAUCACACCCCAGGACAUGAACAAUAUUCACGUCGGUCCUACCGUGCGCGUUCACAGAAUGACAGACCCUGAGCGCGGGCAAGGUGUUCUUGCAAUGUCAUAG